AUGGAGGCAAGAUCAGAUCUUGGGCCUGGAUUGCUCAUGCCGCCGGCGACCCCCGACAAUGGCCGGCGGCCGCCGUUCGAUUCCUCCACGGAUGGCGCCUCCUCUUGCUCUCCCGCGGUCGCCCCCGCGUCGGCUGAUUUGGGGGUGUUUGAUAAGCACGGCUUCAUCUACCUCAGUUCCCCCAUUGGGGAACAGCCUCGAUCUGUACCCGGCGCCACUGAUGGCUGCGCAGCCACCGUGCAGACCUCCGAUUCCUCCGACGAGAUUGCGCCGCCAGGGGCUGGUUCCGCUCCUAGCGCUGCUGCUGCGACUCCUAUCUUCAUCCCCACCCCGGAGAAAGAGGAGAGCACCCAUUGGAGGCCAAAGAAGAAGUCCACCAAGGGGGUGCCUCGGCUGAAGGUGAUGAAGGAUAAACACCCCAAGCCUGCCCGCACAACGCCGGCUAAGCCUCACAAGACGCCGGUGGCAAAAAAGGACGGCGGGGCUGGAUCUGUUGGAGAUGGCACUGAUAAUAAGCUAUCAAAGCGCAAGUUAGACUUCGAUCUGGAAGUCAUUACGGGGAGUUUCGGCAGGGCCAAGCUGAUGGCCAAUCUGCGGCUCCUUGCAGAGGUUAACAAUAUUUCAAGUGCGACGAAGACGAAGAAAAAGAAAGCAAGUGGCGACUGGGCCAUUGUUCCUUACCAGAAUGCUGCUCCGACUGAUGCGUCCUGCUCUACUUUGGUCCCAUUUGGGGGUUUGGGUGGCCACGGAAAUCACUCGAAUCAAGUGCGGCCCAAGGUGCUAGGCCUCGAUGUUGAGACAUUGCGAGUGUGUGGCGUUCUGACCAAGUGGGAAGAGAUUGACAGUGAAAGUUUCGAAGGGGUUGAUAUCGGCAGCGGGCCUGGAUGGAAUGAAACUCGGCGGGAUUAUAAGAAGCGUGUGGAUUGGUUUAUUGCGACCGUAAAGGAUUUAUUCGGUCCCAGAGAAUAUUCUCGAUGGGGAGGAUCCGUAAUUGAUUCUGUGGUUGGUACUUUCCUGACACAAAAUGUUGCUGACCAUUUAUCAAGCAAUGCUUUUAUGAUCCUGGCAGCAAAAUUUCCUAUGAAUAAGAGGAAGGGUAAUGCUGAAGAAUGUUCAUAUGUACCUCUGUCAACAGUUGACGUCAAAGAAAACUUGAAUUUGACUAAAGCACAUGAUGCUGGUGAUUCUACCAAUUCAGUUUUUACCAAUCCCAUUGAUUGCGAGGAAGUUGGUUACGGUGAGGAGGUAAAAGGAAACUAUGGUCAAGACUACAAAACAAUUAUGGAGAAGUUCCUAGCUAUUAUUAAAGAGAAAGACAUCUCUACCUGGGAGAAGGAUGAUCUUUUGAACUUAGUCAAGGAUAAAUCUGGAAAACCAAUAUGCACUGAAAACACCUUAAGAAAGUUCAUAGCCACGCUGCGGGUGGAAGAUACUGCUCGCUGGGAUAAGUUACGGGAUGAAGCAUAUAGAAAAGGAUAUGAUAACGGAAGCAAAACUAGAAUAACUGACAAAGUAAAUUGGGAAGCUGUACAGCAGGCCUCAUUUGUUGACGUUGCAAAGUGCAUUGCAGGCAGGGGACAACAUUACCUUCUCGCAUUGCGGAUACAGGCAUUUCUCACGCGCAUAAAGAAAGAUCAUGGAAGCUUUGACCUGGAUUGGCUUAGAUGUCUACCACGAGAAAGCGCAAAAAAAUACCUACUCAGCAUAAAUGGACUUGGAGCUAAAAGUGUCGACUGCAUACGUCUUUUGUCACUGGAGCAUAAAGCAUUCCCAGUUGAUGUCAACGUAGCUCGCAUAGUCACAAGGCUACAAUGGGUUGAACUGCAAUGCUGUUCUGAGGAGUUUCAUUCGGUUGACCUAUAUCCACUCAUGCAGGAUGUGCAGAAUUACUUAUGGCCUCGACUAUGUACUAUUGACAAAGAAAAAUUGUAUGAACUACACUGUCUCAUGAUAACUUUCGGAAAGGUAAUUUGCACAAAAGUAGAUCCAAAUUGCAAUGCUUGCCCAUUCCGUGGGGACUGCAGGUACUACAAAAGUAAACUUACCAGACCAUUACUUCCUCCUGCAGAGGAGCAUGUGCGUGGUGGUGAAGAGAAAACAAGUAUAGUUACUUCUGAAAGACUGUUGUCAAAUGGUAGCUCCAUACCAAGUCAUCAAAUCGAAGAAAGCAGGACUGCUGGCAGACAACCCUCCCGCAGCUGUGAGCCCAUUAUUGAGGUGCCACCAAGUCCCGAAUAUGAAUAUGAAGCACUUGAUGAGCAAGAAUAUCCCAAUGAAGAUGAUCUUGUUGAUAUUGAAGAUAUUAUGUCAGGAGUACACUACGACGUUGAAAUAAAUCUGUGUUCAAACAAGCCUACGGUGAGCAAUUGCUCUUGGACACCAAAUCGUGGAAAAGAUUUGGCAUUGAGCAAUUCACAACAUACAAGCAGGAAAAUGAAACACAUAGGGCGUCUUAGGACAGAGCACCUUGCGUAUGUGCUCCCAGACGGUCAUCCAUUGUUGGAAGAGUUUGAAGAGCGAGUUCCAGAAGAUCCAUCUCCUUAUCUCCUGGUUCUUCAUCCUUGUCCUGACAAUCCUCCUCCUGGUGCUGUCCAGAACUGCAUGGUGAAGGGCACAAUUCUGAUACCCUGUCGAACAGCAUCCACAGGAAACUUCCCAUUGAACGGUACCUACUUUCAGGAUCAUGAGGUCUUUGCAGAUGACUCAUCUAGCCGUCUUCCAAUAGUCUUCUCUAGUGAGUGUCUCAACGAUCUGGGGAAAUGCAUUGUAUAUUUUGGCUCAUCAAUACACUCUAUCACAAAAGGUCAAACAAGACAAGACAUUGAAGACUGCUACAAGAAAGGAUAUGUGUGCAUAAGAGGGUUCGACCGGCGGACGAGAUCCCCGAGGCGACUACGCGCCGCAUUACAUUCCAUCAACGAAAAGAAAGAGGACGGCAGCAAACAUAAGGAAGGCGCGGGGCUGGGGAAGAGCAAUGAGCAGAAGGCGCCUUCGACAAAUUAG